GUGAUAGAUUCCCAUGGACAAAAAGGACCCCGCUGACGUCACUUGCAAGACAACCUAUAGCGCCUGACGGAAGCAUUAUAAUAUCUGUGCUUUCACUUUUCUUUUAUAUCAUGGGAAUUUGAGUACCACUCUAAGUUUACUGUGGUCUGUUAUGGCGUUCCAACGCCAGCUUGAAGUAGCCGUAUAUCACGAUGUUGACAGAGACAUCUUUAUUCGAGAUGUGUAUCCGUUGAGGAAACCUGCUAUAUUAAAAGGAAUUCCUUUAGGACCUUGUACCUCAAAAUGGACGGUUGAAUACCUCAGUGGGGUAGGAGUGAGCAAGGAAGUAAAAAUCCAUGUUUCCACAGUUCCACAGAUGGAUUUUCUCCAUAAAAACUUUGUUUAUAGAACAAUAUCAUUUGAUGCAUUUGUGCAGAGAGCGUCUGAAGAAAAACAUGCUAACUAUUUUAUUUCUGAGGAUGAAAAAUAUUACCUGCGGUCCCUAGGAGAUGAUCCACGAAAGGAUAUUGCAGAUAUCAAGGAGCAGUUCCCUGUGCUGGCGGAAGACAUAAGAGUCCCUGAGUUCUUUGAGAAGGAACAAUUUUUCUCCAGUGUUUUCCGUAUAAGUUCACGUGGUGUGCAGCUCUGGACUCAUUAUGAUGUCAUGGAUAAUUUGCUUAUCCAGGUAACUGGCAAGAAACGUGUUGUUCUUUAUAGUCCUCGCGAUGCAACAUACUUGUAUUUAACAGGUGACAAGUCAGAAGUACUUGAUAUUGAUAAUCCAGACUUGAGUAGAUAUCCAGAGUUUCAGAAGGCUGUGCGAUACGAGUGUCAUUUGUGUCCAGGUGAUGUUCUGUUUAUACCAGCAUUAUGGUUUCAUAACACUGUUGCAGUAGAGUUUGGAGUGGGUGUUAAUGUCUUCUGGAAGAAUCUUCCCUCUGAAGUCUAUGAUCGGACAGAUACAUAUGGUAACAAGGACCCAACUGCUGCCACCCGAGCUAUGCAGAUAAUUGACAGAGCAUUAAAAGCAUUGGAAGAGCUGCCUGAGGAGUACAGAGAUUUUUAUGCAAGGCGUAUAGUUCUACGAAUCCAAAGUAAAGCUUAUAGAACCAACUUAGAAUAGAACAUCUUGCAGAAAUCUAGAUGCUGUCAGCACGGAACGCCACCAAUGGCAUUGCAGAACUUUAAUUUGAUAUUAAAAUGUGUCUUUAAUGUAGCUGCUGUAUUCUGAAUUCCAGCCUGUCAGAAGCCUGCUUUUAUCAGAAGCCAUUUCAAAACUAAUGAACAGCAAAAUGGUUUUACUCAGAGGAAGUAAUCAAAGGUUGUAUUAUGGUGAACAUACUUUUUUAUAUUUAAUAAAUGACUUUCAUACCUGA